AUGACUACAAUCAAAAAAGUCGCUAUAUUCGGCGCCUCCGGCAACUUCGGUGCCCCAAUUACCGCAGCCCUCAUUGAAGCCGGCUUCGACCUGACGAUAAUAACCCGACAUGAGUCUUCAGCAACCUUCCCACCUGGUAUACAUGUUAUCAAAGUGGAAUACACGACAGAGGACCUAACAAAUGCCCUGGUCGGGCAAGAUGCCGCUGUCUGCGUUGUCGGGCCGGCCGGUGUUCAUCAUCAGACUGCCAUGACCGAUGCAGCGGGAGCCGCAGGUGUCAAGCGCUUCAUUGUGAAUGAUUUCGGAUGGGGGCCGGAUGUUCGUGGACUGCCUGAAUUUCACGAUGUUCAUGCUAUGAGGAAGACGCAAUGGGCUCAUGCGAAGGCGAGGGCGGACGCCAAUCCUGGGUUCACAUGGACUGGAAUCAGUACGGGAAAUCCUAUUGACUGGGCGAUCAGGAAGUUUGCUCUGAUGGGAUUCAACCUCAACGAACAUUCGGCAACCAUAUACGACAACGGCGAGGAGGACUUCACAGGCACGACUCUAAAAGGCAUUGCACAGAGUGUCGUAGGUGUCCUCACCCACCCAGAAGAGACCAGGAACCGGUUCGUGAAGGUUCUGUCCAUCAAAACCUGCCAGAACAAGCUGCUACAAGCAUUUGAGCAAGUAACAGGAGAGCAAUGGAUGGUACGAAAGUCCACCACGAAGGAGCUCAUGGCAAGUGGCCGCAGAAAGCUCGCAGACGGCAGUAGCGGGUGGGUCUUGGACCUGGUCGUCGCUCAGCUGUACGACGAGGGCGAGGCUCGCUGCGUGGUCGCGUCCCGCAGGUCCGAAUCUGAUGCUGACCUUUUGAGCGUGGCUGCGGAGACGGAGGAUCAGGUUGCUAUCAAGGCUUUGGGGCUUGCGUAA